CAACUUCAGUCAUCUAUAGUUCUUAUGAUUGUUGAAGGGCUGCUACUACCAGUUGGACCCAAAACACACAUCAACACCCAGAAAUGAGUUUUUUUGGGUUCGGCCAAAGUGCCGAAAUUGCCAUCCAGCUGGAUGGAUCAGAUACACGAAAAAUGGCAGAAAUGAAAACAGAAGAUGGCAAAAAGGAACGAUAUUACCUGUAUUAUGAUGGCGAGAGUGUAUCUGGAAAGGUUAAUGUAAUUCUCAAAAAGCCAGGUAGUCGGCUAGAGCACCAGGGCAUCAAAAUAGAAUUUAUUGGGUUAAUCGAGCUAUACUACGACCGAGGAAAUCACCAUGAAUUCACCUCCUUAGUCAAAGAGCUAGCAAGGCCUGGCGAGCUUACACAGAACACAGCUUUUGACUUUGAGUUUAAUCAAGUAGAAAAACCAUAUGAAUCAUAUUCUGGGACUAAUGUUAGACUUAGGUAUUUUCUCAGAGUAACUAUAGUCAGACGAUUAUCUGACAUUGCAAGAGAAAUGGACCUCCUGGUACACACACUUUCCUCAUACCCAGAAAUGAACAACUCCAUUAAAAUGGAAGUUGGUAUUGAAGACUGCUUACACAUUGAAUUUGAGUAUAAUAAAUCCAAAUACCACCUAAAAGAUGUUAUUGUAGGGAAAAUCUAUUUUUUAUUGGUGCGAAUUAAGAUUAAACAUAUGGAAAUUGCCAUUAUCAAAAGAGAAACGACAGGUUCAGGUCCAAACACAUUUAACGAGAAUGAAACUAUCGCCAAGUAUGAAAUUAUGGAUGGUGCACCAGUCAGAGGAGAAAGCAUACCUAUUAGAGUUUUCCUUGCUGGUUAUGAUCUAACUCCCACGAUGAGGGAUAUCAACAAGAAAUUCAGUGUUAGAUAUUACCUCAAUCUUGUCCUUGUUGAUGAGGAAGAGAGGAGAUACUUUAAACAACAGGAAAUCACACUAUGGCGCAAAGGUGAAAGGUUAAGACGUCCUAUUCAGCAACAACUUUUGGCUCAACAGCAGGCGGCGUUACAGCAGAUGAGUUUAAACAAUCAAAGUAGUAAAUUUCCCCAGUCACAUCCUCAGGGAAUCACACAAGAGUAUGGUCCACCUCCAAUGGCCUCCAAUGUCGCUGAACCUCCGUCCCCACAGCAGUCACAAAGCCCUAUGCAUGAGGAGGCACCGGAAGAAGCAUUACCAACGAAGUCAUCACCAUUGUGCCAACAAAGGCAACAAAAUAUUAUUCCACCACAACCACAGAUAGAACCUGAUUCAGAGCCUUCUGAAGAGGAAGUCAUAACUCCCAAACUACCAUCGCCUCCCACAGAACCCCCAAACAGUAUUGACUCGCCAGAAGAUGAGUUUUUAGAAGCCCAAGCUGGUUCCCUCUCCGAAGAAGACAAUUUAGAGGAUGACCAGGAACCCCCAAUGAAGGCAUCUUCUGGGGUGUCACAAGAGCCUGUUCCUGUUGCUCAGUAGUGGAUGGAGGUUGACCUCUUCUUCAUCUUCAUUUACAUUCUUGAGUUGGAUGCAGGAGGGGAGGUGGUAUGGAGGUCCACAUUUAGGGUUUAGGUAAAUCUUUUAUUUUUGUGUUGUUACGACAUUUGACAUAAAUUUUAUCUUGGUAAAUAGUAAAUAAAAAACACUACAGAGACCUUGAAAAUAUUAGUGUAAUGAAUUGUUAUAAACCCCACAAAUAUUUGAUGUAACUACUUUGGAAUAUGAUGAGAACUAUACAUAGCAUUGUUACUACCCUUCUUAUAAUAAAGAUGAAAAUAUAAACUCUCGUUUCCUCUUCUAGAUGAAGAUAUUUCUGGGAUUAUUUUUUUUCUCUACUGCUUGUUAUCUGCAAGCAGAGAGAUCUUAAUUGUUUUUUCUUUGGUUUGUUAAGUUAUAUGCUUCAUUCUUUAUUAAGUAGUAAUUGAUGAAUUGCAUCUUUUUGGUGUCCUGUAUUCCCUGAUAAUUUCACUAGGAUGAAUGAGGCUUUUCUCUUAUGAUUUAAAGGAGCUUUUUUAAGAUAAUCUACAAAUAGGGUUUACAUUUUCACACAUAUUAUCUCAUGUUUGAAAGUCUAUUUAUUGUAUUUAAAAUCUCACCCAUACCCCUUUAUAACUGAUUUCUUGAAGUGAUAGAAGGUGCUUUUUAAUUGUUUAAGCAUUCGGGGAGUUUCAUGUGUCUCCAAUUCAUUAAUGUCUGUAUUUAAACUUGAUUAGCAUAUUAGACUGAUGUUGGAAAAUACUGCAACAGGGUAUUCAGAGUUUACUUGAAAAGCAACUGAGAAUUUUCCCAGUAUCCAAAAUAACACUCUCUCUCUCUCUCUCUCUCUCUCUCUCUCUCUCUCUCUCUCUCUCUCUCUCUCUCUCUCUCUCUCUCAACUAGUUGAGUAAUAUCUAGUUUUGAUACACAUUGCAUGGCAGGCCCUGCCUUGUAUGUUGACAGUGUUUACUUUUGUGAGAAGUGCACCCAAGGCAUAUAUUAUUUGAAAUGUGGGUGAAUGUAACUUUUCUUUUUAAUAGACUACCUUUUAAAAGUUGAGUUAAUGAUCAUAGUGUGGUUUCACAAGUCAUAUCUUAGUAAAAAAGAAAAAUUAUGCUUUAAAAGUAUGGUGUGCUUGAAGAACUAGCAUUGGUAAUGAGAAACUUACAGCUAUGUAUUAUUUUUCGUGGAAGAUCACCAAGUGGCAACUUGCAGUACAACACAAUGAUUAUUCUCUUUGGAGUGGAAAAAUAUUAACGUUAUACCUCAUAUUAAGAUCAUACAAUAUUUGUUUCAGAAUCUUGCAAUUGUAUCUUUCAUAUAUGCAUUUAGGUAAAUCAUUUUGCCAGGUAGUUGAUGAAAUUUUAAGUUGCAAGUGAUUCAAAGCAGUUUUUGCAAGUUAGAUUACUCUUUAUGGCAAUUUUAUAGACGGUUGUAAUUAAUAGAGAUCUGAGAUCAUGUCUAAACAUGCAAAAGGAAUAUGUGGUACAAAAGCUUUAAUGAUGGUGAUGUUGAUUGACUGUAAGUUAUUUUCUCAAUUUUUGUGUCGUAGAAAGACUGCAGAGGAGGUAACACUUCUCAUGUUAAGAAAUUGAAAAUACAGUUAAUGUAUUCAGUGCAUUUAAACAAUGUAGUUGCUGUAGUCCUGGAAUUGUGCCAUAGUUCAUUGGUAGUGCUGCAAUGAUUUGUGCCAUGUUACCCUGUUCAUUUUUAGGAGCACAUCCUGAAAGUAUGUUGCUGUAUCCUUUUUUUCUUCUUCUGUAUAGUUUCUCAUUAUCAUUUAAACUAAUUUCCUCAGACAUACCUGCCACUCAAGUAGUUGAGUAAUUUUUUUUUUUUUUUUUUUUGGUGAAUGUGUCUAUGAUGCAAUCAUGAUAUUCUUGCACUAAGCUUCUAUUCUGUGAGGUAUCAAGAACUUUAUGUAUUCUGCUAUCCAAAUUGCACAUAACCUUUAGCAUCCUGGAGACUGUGUUUUGUUUUAGGAGGUCUGUAUAGUUGAGAGAAAAUGUUGAAUUUGCAGCAAUUAAUUUGCCCCAGAAUUGAGAGAAAUGCCUCAUUUUUCCAAGAGUGUACUGCAGUCAUUCCAUGUAGCUACAUCCUCAUUCAUUCUCCGUUUUGCCAGUAGCUCGCACCUUUUCUACAUGCUUUGGCUUUAGCCAUUGUGUGAAAAAUAACUGCAAUAUAGGAAGCAUGGAUAACAUACUUUGACGUAAUUUUUAUAUUUUUUUUUUUGCCAUGUAUAGUAUAUGUUGUUGUUUAGCUAUGUUAGUGAUUUAUCUUUACAAAAAAUGACAAAACUCAUGUUUUUUUUUCUUAACCUUCAACUCUAGGGUGAAUGAUCAUUAUUAGUGCAGUACUGAUUUUCUUACAGUUACACUUCUUUCCACAAUCCUUUUAAAAGUUUCUCCAUUUAUGCCACAGUUUUGAAAGUUCCAUUCUAUGUAACAAUUUAGUGAGAAUGGUUGAAUAUCUAUUUAGUUGUGAGGUUUUUGAGUCAAAUAUUUGAGUGGCUCUAAUUGCCUUUUAUUUCAAAAUUUGCCAUAUUUUCUUCAAAGCUCUCAUUAGGGUAUUUGACACUUUUUUUUUUUUGCUGACAAUAACCACAGGUUUUACAGGAUAAAAUUCAGGCACCUUGUUUAUUAAAGAAUCUGGAAUGAUUGCUUUCAAAGAGUCUCUGGUAUUUGUCCAUAGUCUUGUCAUUCAUUUGGUUAAACAUACAACUUCUGUUUGUAGAUUUUUUUUUUUUUUUUGUUGAAUGUAUAUUUGAUUAACAUUUUGUCAUUUCAUGAAGGAUGGUUAUGAAAACAAACGAUAACAAUGCAGAAGAAUAUUGUAAGUCAUCACAGGGAAUAUUUGUCCUUAUUUCUUGGAAUGUACCAUAAUUUUACUAUUUUAUUGAUUGAUCUGUACAGUAUUUAGAAUAUUUAAAAAACUAAAUUUGACUUCACAGGGUCAGAUGCUAUUGUGGCAGCUUGGUCGUUAUUGAUUAGUUUAACCAGACCAAUGAAUUGAAAUUUACAUUUACAGGACUGGGUAACUUGACUCCAAUAAGUUUUGUGUUAUAAUGUGAAUAUUUUCUUGUAAGCUUUAUAUAAUUUACCACUAUUAUCCUUGUUUCAAUCAUAUCACCAGAUAUUUUGUUACUGUUUUUAAUAUAUGUAACUUCAUUUCCUCUGAUGAACAUAUCUAUAUUUCAUUGCAUCAUGUUAGUAAUUUAUGUUGAUAUGGUAUAUUUAUAGUCAUUUUUUUAUCAAGACACAGACUUGAAUUAUAAGAAACUGGUAACAUUACAAAACUCUCUCUCUCUCUCUCUCUCUCUCUCUCUCUCUCUCUCUCUCUCUCUCUCUCUCUCUCUCUCUCUCUCUCUCUCUCUCUCUCUCUCUCUCUCUCUCUCUCACACAAGAAGGUACAAUUUUAUGCUAUUCUGUGUAUCAAUUGAAAUGGAAAACACUCAGGACUAAUAUUAAAAUCAAAUUUUAACUCCACUCUCUGUAGGCUCAUCUGUAAAUUUUUUUGAAGCAAUUGGAUUCAUUUCAUUACCUAUUUUUUUUAUUUGUUAGAUGUCUGUGAUCGAUAAUCCAUGUUUAAAGCAAACAUCCAACAUUCUAAUCACAAUGUGAAUGAACUAUUGAAGGUUCCCCAUGCUAAAUCCAGCUCUCUGUUAUGUAGUCAUCUUUCUUAUUUGAGCAGUUUCUGUUGUAAUGGUUAAUAUAUCUCCAUUUUAUGACUUAGAAUUUGUUCUUAUAUCAUUCUUUUUUGGAGUACAAGAGGGAUUACGAUUGCAAGUGGUAGGAAGUCAUCAAUGGUGUAUAAGGGCAUUCAGUAUUGUUUGUAAACACAGGUGAUGAUAAACCUGAAUCACUUCUAAGAGGUAAAAGUAUAUUUUGUGGGAUAACAUGAAUAGAGGGAUAACUUAAAACAAGAAGGGCCCCCCUAAAAUGAAUAAACGUAAGUUAUGCUGAUAACAUCAAAACAAGAUAUUUCAUUAAAGUUACACCUGUCAUUCAGUAAGUGAUAUGGGGUUUUAGAAAUUUCAAACAAAAAAUUUAUGUAGUGUUUCAUUACUUAUAAGGGUAACAUAAUUGCCUGAUUUUGCAAAAAGUUUUCAUAUACUAUCCAUAUGCUUUUGAUAUAUGAAAUGGAUUAACCUGGAACUCUUUCCUUAUGGUAUUACUUUGAAGAUAAGCUCCAGCUCUGCAGGGUAGUGCUCACACCACAAGGACCUUGAAGUCAAGCUUUGUAGUAAAAAUGUGAAAAAGUUUUAGAAAGUUAUAUACGUGCUAUAAACUUUUGCUGGAAGAUUUUAAAGGUAAAGAUUACCAAGCAUUCUGUUUCAGUACUCCAUGACUUGCUUAAAGUUGGUAACUUUAAAGGAUGAAAGGAUGGUCCAUGGUAGUUUUGUCUUUUUUGGUAUUUCAGUGCUUAAUUGGGAAAGCUUUGUUGAUUUAUAAGAAAGAGAGAAAAUUUUGAACAAGUAGCUUGCCAUUUUUAUGAUUUCAGUUAAAUUUCUGUCCUUUUCUCAACUUUGAUUGUAACACCUUUGCUGUUUUUGAGGUACAUGUGUUUCAUCAGAUGCUUUUUUGUUAGUCAUUUGUAAGAUUGUAUUCUCGUAUCCUUACUGAUACUUGGAUCAAAUAAUAUGCUGUAUAUGCAACAGGUGUCAGCAAGCAUUUAUGCUAAUAUAUAGUUUUACUUCACACAUUUCUAAAGAGAAUUCAUUGUGGUCAGGAUUAAGUGUAAAGGUUUUAAUUUGAGUUGAUCCCAUUUAGUGCUGGAUUCUCUAUUAAUAUGACUCAUCAAGACAGGCUGUCUCUCUUGAUGAGUCUUCCUUGUAUUUUGUAAAUAUAUGAAGGUACGGUUUUUUAUUUUUUAAGUGUUUUGGGGCGAGCUUUUGUAUAAUCUCAGUAAAAAUAGAAACAUUACCUUCAGGAGUCUUGUUGACGAGACUCACAGUCUUUCGUGAUAUGCGUAGUGUUAUGAGCAGAAUAUGCACUUAACAAAAGCUUUUCUUAUGUGUUAAAGAAAGGUAAGCUUAGUACAAUUUCGGCCAACUGCUGCACACUACAUUUCAUCUGUCACUCAUUAUACCCACCAGUAGUAUUUUCAGUACUAAUUUUUUUUGUUUUCUUCUUGAUCUGUCAACUGCUUCUGUGAUCCAGUAACCCUAUUGUGUAAUGUUGAUGAAUGUUUGACCUUACAAAUUUUUGAGUGGUAGAGGUAAUAUAGGAAAGAAGGUUCUUUAUUGCACAUAAAAAAACUUUGCUUUUUGAAUUUUACAACCAAGAUCAUUUGUAGCCAUUUUUAUUUUAUUUUUGCAACAGGAACCGAUUCUGUGAAUUUUAGAAAUGCACACAGCUUUGAAUAUAUUGGCACAAGCUUAUUAUUUAUAAAUAAAGUAAAAAAUCUUGCAAAUUGUAUGCAUACUUUGUAAAGUAUAUGUUUUUUCUAUUGUGCUCUGACUGCAUGUUGAUUUGUUGUGUUUGACAUUCAUUAUGAUUCAGUUGUAUAAAUCUUAUUAGGCUGGCUGAAUGGAGAUGAUGCACUUUCACAAGAUUUGUAAGAUCGAUGUUUUGUACUUCGAUUAUAUUUUCUUUAGAAUGCGUAAUGAGCCUUUUUCAGUGUUACUAACAGUCAAUGAUAAUGGAAUUUGAAUAUAUAUAGGUGGACUUAUUCAUGCAAAUGAUACCAAUGUAUUUUUUCUCUGUUGUGAAGAGAAAAAACAGUGUAAAUACAUUAAACACUUGAUUAUGGAGUUCAUUUUUUUUUAUUUAUUUUUAUACGUUGAUGGUACUAUUUGGACAUUGGGAUAGUGGUAACAUGGAAGUUUGUUUCUUGUUAUCAUAUGCAAGUUACAGAAUUGGAUUUUCAGUUUGUAAAUAAUGAUGAAAUCUGUUAUCUCAAGGAUUAAGUAAUGCCUAUGUGAUACCUGCAAUGAGUUUAAAAUGUGUAUGGUUUAUUUAUUAGAUGGGCCAAGUUUAUUUGCAUGAUUACAAGGGUCUAAAAGUUAAAGUAGUUAAGAGUAAGUAAAUGACUUGUGAAAGUGUGAUGCUCUCUCUCUCUCUCUCUCUCUCUCUCUCUCUCUCUCUCUCUCUCUCUCUCUCUCUCUCUCUGGAAUCAGUUGUCCAGCACUGUACUGCCUGUCAGAAUUAUAGAAUUAUUUCUUAUUGAUUAUACUGUAUGGGUUCAUUUGAUAUCAUUGCAAACUAUGCUUUAAUUAUUUCCCACCUGAAUGUCAUGAUCUGAUUUAAUCCACUAUUUUAUUUUCCUCAAGUAACAAUAAAUAAAGAAUCUGAUAUGAAAAAAAAAAACAGUAUUACCCCAGGUGCAACUUAUUAAAAGAAAUCACUGUAACAUAGAGUACAGCCUUGUGGCUUUUCUCUUCACAAAAUAUUUCAUUAUGCUUUGCACUGUCAUGGUUGACAUACAAGACUCAAUCCAGGAAUAGGUAGUCACACUAAUAGACUUUGUUAGAUUAAAAGAUGGCCUUAUUUGCAAAUACUGUAAUGCAAUACUGACUAUGUAUCAUAGUGUACUUAUCUCUUGCAUUUGUUGCAGUCUGAUGUUCUUGUGCAUCCUUUUCUAUCUUUUUUUGUACCUUGUUAUGAACUUUAUUUGCAGUAUCCUUUGCUACCACAGUUUCAUUAUGCAUACCUCUUAUACACUGACAUGUAGUGCAUCUACAUGUAUUGUAAAUAUUUACACUUGAUCAUUAAUUUUGUUUCAUAUACUUACUCUUACCUCAGUGCAUAGGCAAUGUUUUUUUUAUGAGAAAAAGCUUUCAUGUUGAAAGUUACCUUUUGAUCUGUCACCUUCUCACUUGUAAUAUAUCUCAAAAAACUUCACCAUUGGGUUCAUAUGCUUUUACCAUUAGCAUGAAUGGAGAAAGCCAUGCAUUUCAAAAGAUCUCUUUCAGAGUGAAGUAACUUUCUCUCAUAAUUCAGGCCUAACUUGAUUUUCAAAUAGAGGGAUUGUAUUAGAGGAAGCAUUUUGUACGAUAGACUUUCUUGCUGCCAUCUCAUCUUAUAACUGGUUUUAUAAUAAUGAAUGUUUCUCUGCACUUUUGUGAAAUAAGUUCCAGUUUGCCUUGGGUGAUAUAAUGAUUUUGUACCCCUCUUUAUUUAAAAAAUAAUACCAUUUUGUAUGUUGACUUGUUUGCUGUUAUAUUGAGGUUGAUUAUAGGCAUAUGAACUUUAUGAAUAACUGGAUGAUUUCAAUUGGUGAUACAUAUUGGCAUCAAGAAGUAUCAGGAAUUUUUUAAAUGUAUUUAAAAUGUUUUUGAAAUGAAAACCUUAUGAUAAAAUGGUUUUCUUCAAAUUAGUACUUGAUUGCAAGAUUACAUAGUAACCAGUCCAGAUGAUAUAUUUUUUCAGCAGUGAUCCAAGACAGCAGGUUUUGGUUAUCAAGAGUUUUUUUUUUUUUUUUUUUUAAACCAAAUGUGAGGGAGACUUUGGCCGGGAAAGUUUUGUGAAAUGCACCUCCAAUCCUCUAACAACAGAGAAAGAGGAAAUGUAUAUUUUUGGGGUGUCUGAAACCAUUUUAAUCUUUAUAGCAUAUACUUAUUUUUAUGUUCACUGACAGUAAGUAGGCCCAUGUACUCGCUGAUGCUGGCAGAUAAUAAAGUGCCAUUUUCAAAAGAUAGUUUUUACACAUUUUUGAUGUACAGUUGACCACCACCUGUUGAUAACCUUCCCUGAAUCCACGGUCAACACUUUGUACACUGACCCUCAAUGACUAGGGGGAGGAAGUGUUGUUGACUAAUACAUAACAGUGCUUCACUCACUGCUGUCAAAUUCAUUAUAUAUACUUUAUGAUGGAUAAUACUUGUAUAAAGACCUUUGUGUAUAGAUACAUCUCACUGGAUGAAAAUAAAUUCUUAUAAAUAUGGUAA